GAUGGCUACUAUAAUAACCAAUUUAUAAAGAUUUCAACCAUAGGUUCGGGUGGUUUUGGGACUGUAUUUAAAGUAAAGCAUAGAUUCAAUGAUAAAAUAUAUGCCGUUAAAAGAGUACCAAUUGAUGGAUUUAGUGAAGAAAGUAAACUAAAAGUAUUAAAAGAAGUCAAUAAUUUAGCAAAACUGGUGUCAAAAUAUGUGGUAAAGUAUUAUCACUCGUGGUUUGAGUCCAAUCAUCUCUAUAUUCAGAUGGAAUUCUGUCCGCAAAGUCUUAAAACUCUCCUCAAAGACAAAGUCAUUGUCUUCGGGAGACAACCGAAAGAUCAGAUGAAAGUAUUUGAAUAUUUUAUUUCAUGUCAAAUAUUCAAAGAGCUCUUAGAGUGCGUCCAAUAUCUACACGAAUGCAAUCCACGGAUAAUUCAUAGGGAUCUCAAACCCGAUAACAUAUUGAUUGAACACAACGUUAGGUGCAAUCGCUUUGUAAAAUUGUGUGACUUUGGUUUGGCCACCGAUCACGACAUGAAUAGACACACUGCCAGCCGAUACGACCACACAGUUUGCGGUACUCAUGGAUAUAUUGCACCCGAAGUACAUUCCCGUAAAUAUAACCAUUUAUCAGACAUUUAUAGUCUUCAUGUAAUCGGCGGUGAAUUAUUUGGCAUUGAUUUACAGGCUUCAAAAUCAUUUAAAGCCACGGAUCCACUGCUCAAGACAUCCAUACAAUGCAUGUAUGAAACACUUCAGCAAAUGAUGGCAAUUGUUUGGAGACAAAGGCCUGAGUGUAGGAAAGUGUUGGCCAAAUAUAACGAGUGGUCUAUCCAUAAGAAUGUUGUCACAAAUCAUAAAGAAUUUAAUAAUUUAUAUAAC